AUGAAGAAGAAAAAGCUACGACAAAUCGACGUCGCAAACGCCUUUCUCUACGUCCCAAACGUCUGUGGUGUCGCAGUCGCCUCUCCUCACUCCAACGUCGCCUCACUCAACAACGUCGCCUCUCCCUCACUCCCCACCGUGGCGUCUCCCUCCCUCCCCAUCAUAGCCUCUCCCUCGGUCCCCUCCGUCGCUCUCCCUUCCUCCUCGCCGUCGCCCUCCAUCCCUUCCCGCCGUCGCCUCUGGUGGGUGCACGAGCGCGAGCGCGGGCUGCUGCGCGACCGCGCGUUUUGUGAGGCACCGUCGUUUCAGUUCUUUUUGCCGGUUGGUCCUAGUGCGCUGGCGCCUAACGCGCUGGCGCCUAACGCGCUGGCGCCUAAUGCGCUGGCGCCUAACGCGCUGGCGCCAUGCGCGCUGGCGCCAUACGCGCUGGCUCCUAACGCGCUGGCGCCAUGCGCGCUGGCGCCAUGGGCGCUGGCGCCAUGCGCGCUGGCGCCAUACGCGCUGGCGCCAUGCGCGUUGGCGCCAUACGCGCUGGCGCCAUGCGCGCUGGCGCCUAACGCGCUGGCGCCAUGCGCGCUGGCGCCAUGCGCGCUGGCGCCAUGCGCGCUGGCGCCAUGCGCGCUGGCGCCAUGCGCGCUGGCGCCAUGCGCGCUGGCGCCAUGCGCGCUGGCGCCAUACGCGCUGGCGCCAUGUGUGGACUUGGUGCCAAAACUUCUCCACUACCACUUCUGCUCUCUUUCCUUUCUGCUGCAGGUGAUGCCUUCUGUGCAUGCUAAUGUGGUAUAUUUUAUUCGUGAUGCCUUGGAUUCGAGUUUUAAGCCACACGUCGCGCUGGCGCCUUGCUGCGGUGCGCUGGCGCCUUGCUGCGGUGCGCUGGCGCCUUGCUGCGGUGCGCUGGCGCCUUGCUGCGGUGCGCUGGCGCCUUGCUGCGGUGCGCUGGCGCCUUACAUAACUCACUGA